UGGGUAUCUUAUUUUCGCAGUGAACGUCCUGUGGCCACGGCGAAGGCCCAUGUCAUGCUUUACGACUCAAAGGCAAAUUGCUGGAAUUACAGUGGGAAUUCACAAAGCCUUGCUAAAGUGCAACUUUACUUUAACUCAUCAACAAAUGCCUACCGCGUGGUUGGAUGGAGCUUACAAGACCGUGAGGUUGUGAUCAAUUGUUCAAUACCACGAGGCCUCAACUAUCACAAAGCCCGCCCCAACUUUCACCAGUGGCGUGAUGCCAAGCAGCAUGUCUAUGGAUUGAGUUUCGCGUCGUCAGACGAGGCGGAGGCGUUUGCUGCGGCCAUUGACGCUGCUCUUGAACAGCUCGCUGCUCUGAAGCGCCAACAGUCGAUGCCACAACAACAACAGCAACAACAGCAGCAGCAACCACAAGAGUCGCAGUUAACGCGGCAGCAACAAACCCAACACCUGCAGCAGCAGCAGCAGCAUCAACAACCGACGACCAAUGGACCUACAAAUCACUAUCACCACCAUAACAAUCAACAGCAGCAACAUUACUCUCAGCCACAAAGUCAGCAACAACCGCUGCAACACCAGGAAUACCAGCCGCAAAAUGAUCAUUCAAAUUAUGCUGAACCUAAUCGUUCGAGAAGGGUAAUUUUAAUUAGACUCCGUUGCUCUGUUCCGUCUAACUCAAGGAGCGAGUCCAUUUUAGUCCGGCUUGUGGCAUUUGGACACGAGUUGUCAUAUCACUAUCUGGUCUCUCUCGCUAAUUUGCAGGAAGAGGUUGAUGUUGUGGGCUAUGUGGGUGUCCCCAUUCAACAAAAGGGUCCCGCCCCCACAUCUGUCCCCACGGUUAACAAUGUUAGCAGUCGCGGUGAGUACGCAAUGCCCAACACCCUUCAGCAGCAGCAGCAGCUGGCACCGUCGCAACCUCCGUCAGACUCGGGUGCUAGUGGCGGCUAUCGGGCGCCCUCGCUGCUCAGCGACUCAGGACGGUCUAUCAACGGGUCCAUCGGCAACGGGAGUAUCGACGGGCGAUACCAGUCCUCCUCCGACGACAGUGUUAAGGGGAUCCUCGGUCGAAUGCCCACUGCCCCCUCACUGGCCCCAAGCAAUUGUUCAACCCCCUCUACUCCCGGCAUUGCCUCUUCUCCUAGCAGAGGUGAGUUCCGUUUUUUUUUUCAUUAUCCUACUUUGUUGUCGUUCGUUGCGGUUGCAUUAGUUCAACAAAACCGUUACUCUGCCCAGCAAAUCCCGUCUGUGUCCCACGGUGUUACCGCUAAAAACGACCCUUCCCUCCCCAUGUGUAGCGCUAACACGAAAUGCUGUCUUAGCGUCGAGUCAUUCGAUCGCGCCUCAUAUUCCCCGUCCACCGUAUGCCUUUCACUGAAUAGUCGAGCCGACUGGCCGACGAGUGAGGAAGCUGCCCGACAAGGAAUCGGACUUUGCAGCUGGUGGAUGAUGCGUGAACGCUACAUCGGGCUGCGUUCCCUUCAGUAUGCUCCACCGACUCCGCCACCACCGACGAUAUCUGCCGCUCCCCCUGCCCCACCUCCUCCUCCGCCGCCGCCACCAGCGCCUCCGGCGCCCCCGCCUCCCUCGAGUGCACCUCCUGCUCCGCCACCUCCCCCACCACCACCGCCGCCGCCGCCUCCACCAGCACCCGCCCUUCCUUCUUCGGUUGCAAACGACCGAAAGCUCUCCGCCCCGGCCUCUUCGUCGCCUUACCUGGGCGUGGCGGCGGCAGCAGCAGCAGAUCCGGACGAACCGGACGCGGCGAACCAGAGUUGGCUCGCCGCUCAACUACGUCAGGCGAAGCAGAUGCGUCUGAAGAAGCAGCAGGAGAAACAGGAAUCUGGUGGCGUGAAUGCCACCGGUGGCGGUGGACUUCACGCUGUGGCAAGUGCUGGGACGCUGAGUCGAGCCCAGGGUGUUGACAUGAUGUCCGAUCUUCAGAGGGUGCUGGCUGCGCGGCGUAGAGCCCGUGAGGGAGAUGGCGAGAACGUGGACGGCGCCACAGCGGAGCCAACCAACGGCCUCUCGACGACGCCGACGACGUGUGGACCCGCGAACCCACCUGCUGAAAGCGGUCAUUUGCGGAGGCCUUCGCAGUCCAUUACUGGCCCCAACAGUCUGAACAACAACAGUGCGCCCAUGUUUGCUGUCCCCACGGCACCUCCCCCAACCUCGACCUACGCCACCAUGCAAGUCGCCUUUGUUGUCUCCCUUUUUUCCAUCGUCGCUUUCGAUCUCUCUAGCGACUCGGUGUUUGGACACGAUCUUGAUCUUGCUGCAGUGCCCUCUCAUUGUAAAUUGUCUUCAUUUUUUGCCUCUUUCAGUCGAAAGAAUUCAGUGUCAGCUGUGAAUAGCAUUGACGCCAAUCAGCCCGUAACGCGUGCCGACUUGGACGCCUUCAAACGCGAAAUCCUCGCCGAAUUUCGAAAGGAGAUUAAAACUCUCAAAAGUGAUAUCCUCGAUGUUACCGAAGUCGGUCACUACUGCCAUGCGGUUUUAGUUAGAUGUUUCACCCGUCUUUGGGUGACUCAGUCGAUUAAACGCAGACGCUGGCCCUGCGCUUGGCUAACAACCGCGUAUCCUAAGCGAGCUGUGCUUACCAGCCAGCAGAGCCAAUCGUCUCCGCAUUCCUUCCCGUCAAAUGAGCGGAAGCCGUGGAUUGGGUUCCCGCCCAUUUAUCCUCCACCUUCGCACAUCGCCACAUCCCAUCACCGUGCGAUAUCGCUGACCCGUCUUUCGCCAUCUUCUCUAACGCCCUCCCCCCUUCCUCCCCAUGAAGAGAAUUUCACUUCACGAUGCAUUUCUCCCUAG